CCCAGUCGUUUUGAUCCUUCUAUCUUAAACCCAAUUUACUGUACUUCCUCACCUUACCCUAUACCCAAUUUCAAUUCAAUAUUUCUUCCCCUUGCUACAGAAAAUAUAUGCACAACGCUGUUUUCAUUCUCGCCGUUAGUGUUACUGAUUCACAAUAUCUCAGUUGCAUAAGUAUUUCGAGAUACCCCGGCAGAUCGCGACCCGUCCAGGCAGCCAGCAGCAGGCGCAAGGGGCAGACUGCCCAAGCAGGCCAGCAGGCAAGGGGGCAGGCAGCAGUUGGAGGGGCAGCCGUUACAACAGUUUCGGCAGUUUCAGCCGUUUCAGCUGUUACAGCCGUUACAGCCGUUACAGCUGUUACAGCAAUUAAUGGGCGGCAGUUUCAAGCCUUGGGGAGGCUUGGCAAAACGUGGGGCAGACUAGUCAAGGCUAGGAGUCCAUUUUUGGAAGACUUAGAAGCAUUGUCACGACCCGCCAGAUACCCCGGCAGAUCGCGACCCGUCCAGGCAGCCAGCAGCAGGCGCAAGGGGCAGACUGCCCAAGCAGGCCAGCAGGCAAGGGGGCAGGCAGCAGUUGGAGGGGCAGCCGUUACAACAGUUUCGGCAGUUUCAGCCGUUUCAGCUGUUACAGCCGUUACAGCCGUUACAGCUGUUACAGCAAUUAAUGGGCGGCAGUUUCAAGCCUUGGGGAGGCUUGGCAAAACGUGGGGCAGACUAGUCAAGGCUAGGAGUCCAUUUUUGGAAGACUUAGAAGCAUGUCUUGUGGGCAUGGACUUAGGGGCUUGUAUAUAG